GAUAUCGCGUUACGUCUUCUACUCCAUCGCGUUUCGCGGAUUUUCCCGAAGUAAAUUCAAACAACCUUUCUCUUUCUUUCAUUAAAACCGUAAAUACCUCGAUCUAAAGAUGCUGCGGAGAUGAUAAACAGCAAUCUGAAGCGUCGCAAGGUAGACUUGGACUUUUAUCUACACCGGGUUUUCCGAAAGAAGUCAUUCCGUCCUCUACAGCGAGAGGUAAUCACAGCAGCCGUGGAAGGCCACGAUGUUUUCUUGCAGGCAUCUACAUCAUUUGGAAAGAGCCUGUGCUUCCAAUUGCCUGCUGUCAUCAGCCAUGGCGUGACUGUCGUUGUAUGUCCUCUCCUCGCAUUGAUGACAGAUCAAGUAAACGCGCUGCAAACCCUAGGAGUAGCAGUGGCAACAAUCAAUUCGAGUACUUCACUUCCAGAGAGACGCGAAAUCCUCGCAGAUCUUCUCUCAGGACAUCCCCGUACCCGCCUUCUUUAUGUAACUCCGGAACUAUGCCAAACGGAGACGUUCCGGCGAAAUCUCCAAACUAUCCAUUCCCAGGGAGAGCUUAAUCGUGUCGCCAUCGACGAGGCUCAUUGCAUCAGUGAAUGGGGCCAUGAUUUCCGUCCAGCGUACAAGGAACUCUCCUGGUUCAAGCGGGCCUUGAACAACCCCCCAGUUCCGAUCAGCGCCUGCACGGCGACCGCAACCCCGCGUGUCCGUCAGGAUAUCAUAAAUCUUCUCGGUUUAGAUCCCGGCCGAUUGAGGAUUUUCAAUACACCCUCAGCUCGCCCAAACAUCCAUUACGAGAUCAGAUAUCUCCAAAAUUCUACCGACGAUUCAGGAGACUCUGGAAAUGCCCAAGUUAGCGACUUCGUCUCCUGGCUGAAAUCCAUCCAGAGCCGUCGAGAAGCCAGAAUAGGGGGAAAUGACACUAAUCUUCCACCUAUAUCCGGUAUCAUUUACGUUUCCUUCAGGUCAACGUCGGAGAACCUUGCCGGAAUUCUGUCGACAUCAUGGGACGGCAAUAUCCGAGCGGUUGCUUAUCACGCCGGCCUUUCCUCCCAAGACAGGACCCAGAUUCAGUCCCAGUGGACUUCCCCGCCGUCACUCUCAGAACCAAACGACCAAACCCCGGCGUUCUACAUAAUAGUUGCAACCAAUGCGUUCGGCAUGGGGAUCGAUAACCCCCAUGUUCGAUUCGUAAUCCACUGGAACCCUCCCCGAAGCUUCGAGGGGUUUGUACAGGAGUCCGGCCGCGCAGGUCGCGACGGCCGUGCCGCCGCAUCAAUCGUAUACUAUAACACCCAAGAACGAGAUAAAGCACUAGAUCGCCUCCGACGAGACGUUGAAAAUGCCUACAAUCGCGCUAACAAGAAAUCAGCGAAUGGAAUACCAAAGGACGAUCCUAACAGCAACCUGCAAAACCAAUACGCCCGGUUGCGGAGUUUCCAAAAAGUUGUUCGCUAUUGUGAGUCAACUAGCCGCUGCAGGCACGAAAUGAUCAAGGAUUUCUUCGGAGACCUGGAACUUGAGAGGAUGGGUUCUCAGGCCCCAAGCUCUGAAAUGAAAACAGGCUCAAGUGCAUCGCCGUGCGACUUUGCUUGUGAUUUCUGCAAGGAAGGCUCCAGGAGUCUAACGCUUCGCAAGGCAAAAAUGGUUAUUGAGAAUGAGUUGAUGGACUGUACGCAGUGGGAUUACAUGUCGAACAUGGAGGCAAUGUAUCCGGACGCUUUUUCUGGCUUUGACUAGGGAUGAACUGCAGCAUGGCUAUGUAACCUGUGCUCUUAUGCCUUAAUGACAUGCAGGGGUAAGAGUAUAUACAAUUAGAUCAAUGCCCUUGCCAGAGAUGAGUAUCCUAAAUGUCGGAAUGUCUGUAUAGGGACGACUUUUGGCUUUGUGUACCUAUUUUAUCCCUUCCUCCAGCAAUCGAAUCCGCACGCCAUAGCCCAGAAUCGUCAAUACGGGGUAUUCAGAGAAUAGUAGCAACAUGUGUUAUAUGUAUGAAACCUCCAAAUUCAUGAUCCCCAGAUAUAUUAUUCAUCCGAAAAUCAAGGAUCUCUACUAACUACAGACUAUAGCUUAUUAAGUAUUGCACAAAAGUAAGAUAUGGAGCUGAGACAGGAAUUCCAAUCUUUUCUAGCACGAAGACAAUAUUGCCCAAAUCCGAGUUCAUCAGAUGUCAAACUUGGGGAUAAGCUAUAAAGUUACACCUGGCCAAUAAGUAGGUAUAUUUAUCGGCAACGGUACCAAGGUAGGGUGUUUCGAUUCCUCCUUCUUUUGCGGUUGCGUCCAUCUCAAAUAAAUAGCGGAGGACAGGUUCACAGGCCUGGUGGUGGUGGGACCUAUAU